UUUCAAUUUAUCACUCUCGACACCUUGAACAUUAUCCUGAAAAAGGUGAAGCCCACAGAUAAACUUCUGUCAUUUGAGGCCUUUACAGAAUGGCUUAGAAGGGUCAAGUCCUUUAAGCUCUGGAUGGGGUGGAUUGAUAUGGGUGAUCACCAGAUUCAUCUUUACCAGAAGAAAAGUGAACUCCUAAGGACUGUGUUAUGCCAGUGGACCUGCACCAACAUUUUCUACAUGUUCUUUGACCACCUGCUGUACAAUGAGACACAAAUAGAUGAGAAGCUUCUGAGACUUCUUGUGAAGCAGUUCAUGUUCAUCUAUAAACGCCUGACUGAAGCACAGAAUUUUGAGACAGCAGAAAUUUUUGAAUUGGUGACAAAAGUGCUGAGGAAAUGCAACGAGAAUGCUGAAAAUGUGUAUCUUGUGAAAGGUGUGAAGGACUGCAAGAGCUGUCAGCUGGAAAUCAAUGACCCAGCAGAGCUGCCCUGUGGCCACAUUUUCUGUUCAGAUUGCAUCUGUGAAUGGACAAGCAAGCAGUGCAAGAUCUGCAAGGAAAACUUCCCAGAGGAUCACACACCCAAAGCUACAGUGGCCACGAGAGAAGCUGUUGAAAGUCAUAGCAAAUUCAGGAGAAAAUGUAACUCCUUCUUUAUGGAGUUUGUCACCACCUUUGUCUUGGGAAACAAAGGAACACCAUCCCCAAAAGUGAUCACUCAGCUGAUCUAAUUUGUGGCUUGCAAGCCAUCCAGCCCUGAGCACCAGUCAGUAAAAAGGGUGCGCAAAUCAGAAAGUGAGCUGUCACCCUUUCAAGAGUGCAUGGACACCAGUGCAACAAUCAAGUCCUCCCUCUUGAAACUGCUCCUGAGAUAUGGGUUCAACAACAUAAAGUUUCACCUAGAAAAAUACCUUUCGGAGAUGGAGAAAAAGAUAAACGUCAACGAAAGUAACUGGGAACAUUUAUGCUUCAUGGUGGUGCAUUGUCUGGAGGAUUUUAUGUAUCCUUCUUCACAAGACAGUGUCAACCAGCUUGCUGAAAGUUGCCUCUCUACUGCAGACCUUUCUGCUUUCUGCUCACAAGAGGCCUCAAAAAUUGACACCCUCCAGUUCAUAGCCCGUCUCCGGUUCUCUAUCAGCCAUGUGGCCACUGUGCUUGGCAGACAGGUGCGAUGAGUCAGAGAACAUGAAAUCUGUG